AUGACGGUGUGCAUUAGAUUGGAUUGCCCCGAUAACAUGACCAGCGUCCUGCUUUUCCUGAGUAACACAGUUUUCUUCAAAAGACUGAAACAUGUCCUGAAGCCAUCCACUCUGUGUUGUUAACAUCGUUGUUGUGUUCACUUUUUAUUUGCGUUUGAGCUCAGCUAACCCACUGACCCCUGGCAUGUGGAAAGCAAAUCAUCUGCCAUGUUUUGGAAGGUAACAUAUUCAUCUCAUUGCUGCGAGCAUGUCUGCACAGUCUGGAGCAUGGAUGUCACUGGAAAUGAUAUGUUCAUUAGAGCACAAUGAUGAAAACACUACUUUGUCCCUCAAAGAUGGCCGAAGACCCCAAACAGAGGACGGACUGCCUCUCGACUCUUUCUUCGACAAGACAUCAACAAGGACCAGAGGACAUCUGUGGGACGCUUUCCCAAAAGCACAUGCCUUCCCAUCUCUCCAAAGAAGAGUUACACAAACAGCAGCAGAAGAGUGAGCUGAAGAGGCUCCUGAAGCACACUCAUCCAGAGCUGAAGACGUUGGAUCAAGUUGUAGACGAGGAACUUGCCGAGGUUUUGGGCUCAGAGAUUGGGGUGACAGCUGGUGAAACUGGAUACGAGGGAGAGGUUCUGUCAAGACGAUUGUUAUUUGAGAACUGUGCCUUGAGCAGCAAAGUAUCUCCUUACAUCCACAAAAUGCACGUGGCCGAGAGAACCACAGAAAAGAGCAAUGUGUGUAAAAAACCUGCUGAGUUUGAGGAGCAUGCUGAGAACACAAGUGUCCAAGGAUUCAACAAGGAUGACAAAAUAGUAGGUUCUAGUCUGGAGAGGGAGUGUGAGGAAGAAGUGAUGAGAAUAGAUGUACAGGCUACCAGAAGGAUGUUUGAGAACCAGUCUGGGAACACACAACCCCUGUAUCCAGAUAAAAAGUACCAAGGUAAAGUUUUUAUUUCUGGAGAUGAGACAAGAGGUGUCCAAAGACAAGAGACAAGAGGUGUCCAAAAACAAGAGACAAGAGGUGUCCAAAAACAGGAACAGCAGUCUGAAAAGUGUAGGACAGAAAGUCUUUACGGCCAAAACCAAAGAAAUGAACGUAAAAACUCCUUUGAGGAUGAGCCUGCAAGCCUUCCUGAACAAGAUGAAUUUGGAGAAGCAAUCAAAACAAGUGCUGCUCUUUUCCAGAACAACCCAUUCAUCCACACAAAUAUAGAAAGAGAGCAGUCUUUGGUGCACACAUCAAAACAUGAAAGUCCAGCAGGAGACAGCGGGGCAGAUCAGAACUAUCAGGUGGCUAAUGUGAAGAACAGAACACAUGUGUUUGAAUCGAUGCCGUUUCACAAAAUCAGGCAUCAGAAUCAAGACGAAAUCGAAACAAUGGUCGAGAACAUAAAGGAAACACUGACUUCUCUUUUUCACGUUAACAUCAUACAUUCAGGUGGCUCAAUCAUCGAGGUUAACGAGACGAUGUUAGCCAAAAAGGCCAAGUUCACACUAUCAGAGAAAGGACCGGAAAUAACAUACGAUGAGGUGGCUGAAGGUGGUGCACAAAACUUAAUACUCCAGUUGCUACCAAGGGCAAACCUUAAGCCCCAGAUCACUUACCUAAAGGAAGGAAGUAACAGAAGUAUGGAGGCCACAGUGGUGAAUGUACCUGUGCACCAGCAUCAAUACACUAGCCACCAAGACACAGAGUUCAAAACUGCCAAUGUGGUUCAGGUCGUUGAGGAUAUUCUCAAUCAAGAUAACUCUCUGAGGAAAGGGGUGAUCUUCCAGGAGUAUGGAGACGGAUGUGCUGAAGUCAUCGUUUACUCCCUCUACAAGUAUUUCGAUGAGGAAGAUGUUAAAAGUUAUAGUCCUCCACAAGAUGCAGAGUGUGAAACUCUGGAGACAAAAAGAAGAGAAGUCGGUGGAGCAGACAAUCAAGAACCACAAACAGGCUUUGCUGAAUCAAAGGGGAACCGCCUUCUUCAGACGUCUCAUGACCCAACUUGCCAAGGAGCAAUAAGGCCUGAAAUUGCAAUUAAGGGGAAUGUUAAACUGUUCAAGAGUUGUAUUGAAAAGGGAGAUCUGGAGUAUUUGAAAACUCUUCAGGCUGAUUCAUCAUUGGAAGAACAAGAAGUCCCCCCAAACUUAAGUAUGGCUGCAGAAGGGAGGGAGCUUUAUCAUGAAGAAAGAGAUAAUCAGGUGGAGGAAAGUACCUCAGAAUGGGUCCCAGUGGAUGUGAAGAAACUGAAAAAUAUGUUCUCUGGAGAUGGGAGAACAGUCCAACCAAAGCAACAUAAAUAUUUAUAUGAGAAUCAUCCUCAAUCUGCCACAGUUUCCCCUGCAAUCACAAGUCCAAAUGUUGCAGUUGAAAAGAGCCAGUCCUCUAAGGAAUGCAGUACUGAGGUAUUCCUCCACAGCCAAGUAAAAGAUACCUUUAGGCAGUGUGAUGACCAAACACAAGGAGACGCAUGUGACUUGCCAGCUGGACCACGAGGUUCCAGCCUACUUCUUGAGACACAGGAUGGUGACAUGGUCCACCAGGCGGAAUUAGUUGAGGUAGUAGAUGACAAUAAUGAGAUCUCUGACCUGCAGGCUGCGAUACAUAGCCUCCAACAGGCAACAAAUGAGGCCAAGUCUUUGCAUCGAUCUUCACAGGAAAAACAUUCACUUUCUGAUGGAGAAUCAGAAAGCAAAGAGGUGGUCCAGCAACAACUCCUCGAAUCCGCUUCUAUGUCUGUUCAUAGUUCAGAAAUGAUGGCUACACAGCAAGAUGACGAGGAAGUUGUUUUUCAGGGUAAACUCAAAGCAGCAUUGGAUUCCCUGGAGAGAUCCAACAUUAAUGUCACCAGGGGAGAUUUUAGAGCGGCCAUGAUAUACAGGAACACAAAACCCAAACCUCAGAAAGAGCAAUCACAGCCAGGGAUUGGAGCGUCUGUUCAACAGACCCCGGUGACGGAGCUUAAACCUGUGGCUGAUCCUAAACCAACUCAAGAACCAAUGAAAGAUGAGGUCUCCAAAAAACAAGUGAUGACAGAAAAUGAUGAGCCCCCGAACCAAAGUAAAACCCAAAAUAAACCAUCCACAAGUCCUGCCUCAGAAAGAAAACGAAAUCCAACUUGUCCGAAACCAGAAAUCCUGCCUAAACCUGAGCAUUUGAAAAUAAAGCCAAGAGGUAUUCAAUCAACCAUCACAGAGACUCCAGAGACAACCAAAACCAGACCCAUAAGAACCAAAGGAACAGUUCUUCAACCUUCGGCAAAUACACCACUUUCAAAGAAGAAUGAACAUCAGCAUGACUCGUUCAAAAAUGACAGUGGCGGCGACUCGGGCCUUAAUUCAGAGGAUAAUCAAAGAAAUGAGCUUGCUGAUACAGCGAAACAGAUGUCUCAAGAAAAUGAAGCAAGGAUUCAAGUUCAAGGCCCAGUCAUAACGUUGGCAAAGGAUGACGCAGAUAAGAAUAUCAUCAAUCAUCAAGAGGAGAUGAAUGCCUCCCUAGGAGGGAAAGCCCUCCAGGAUGUCCCAAACAAAGAGAGUAUGGGUGAAACCGACGAAAGUCCGGUAGAUUUUCAUGAAGCGUGUAAGAAAUUUGAAAGUAAAAAGGCAUUUUCAGUGAAGAGUGCACCUGUAAAGCCAAAAAGGGUCAAAAUUGCCCAGGCUGAAAACAAAAACCUGAAGCAAAAGUCCGGAGAAAACAGCUCCUCAAUUAACACACAAGUGGGUAAGGAACCAAACAAGAAGGAUCCUUUAUACAAUAAUCCAAAGUCCUGUGGUCAAACUGCUGAUGGCAAAGGGAAGCAUGAGGAAAAGAUUGUACGAGAGAGCAAAGUUGAAAUGAGAGAAAAGAAAAGACCGACAGAGACAGAGGACGAACGCAGACAGCGGCUCUCGGUUCACAUGGAUGAGAUCAUGAGAGGGAACAUGACAGCAGCCAUGGAAAUUUUUGACAACUUGAGAAAACGGGAGGAACUGCAGAACAUUCUCUGUCAGGUUGAAGAAAUUGAACAGGACACAUGCGAAGUCGAUGUAAGGUCUCUGAGAAAUGUUUUUGAGAGCGUCCCUGACUGGGUUGUUGGAGCAGACAAAAAGAAACCAGAAAAGGAAAAGGUAGAGAGCAAAGAAGAUAGGCUCCUGCCAACAAGAGCCGAAAGCAACUCCUCAAUGGCACAUGUUUUUGGAGAUCUUGAGCGAGCCAGUGAGGAAAUCAUAACUCUGAAAGAACAAACUUUAACCAGACUUCUGAAUAUAGAAGAAACCAUAAAGAAGGCUCUUUGUUCGGUCUCUACCUUGAAAUCGGACUCUGAUAUUGCGGGUUUAUCAAGCUUGUUCAAAGAGUCAUUAGGGACAGUGCCAGGAUCUCCCUCUUUUGGGAAUAUUAGAAAAAUAAGCAUCGGGUCAAGCAGAACGAAAGCGCAGCCGACAAAGGGAAAUCCUGCUGAACCAGGAAACACAGCUGGGCCAGUUAGUGCAAGCGUCGACGAAGCCUCUUCAAAACAACAAAGUCCUCCAUCUUCACCUGCCUUCAUCUCCAUCCAGUCGGCUGCCAGAAAGACGGAUAAAGCAGGGGUACCUCCACAAAAUACCACAAUCUGCCCAACAUGUCAGAACAACCCAAAGAGAGAGGAGAAAUUCAGGACCACAAAAACCCUGACAUGUAACAGCCCUGCACAGAACAGAAAAAGGGACCCCAGAAGAGGAGGGGGAAAACAACCCUCAAACCAACAACACAACCCUAAGCGGGAGCUCAGGGUGCUUGAUGUGCAGACGGACAAUGAAGGAAAUGGUAUGACAGGAACUAAAACUGUUCCAAAGAACUUUGAAAGGGCUGAUAAUUCUGGAAACAUGUUUUACUCUUCUAAAACUUCCACUGUCGUCAUUACUCAGCCUGAAACUACGACAUCCUCAGGGCUUACUGUGGCCACUCCAGCUACAUAUCAUGUCACCUCGUACCCUGAUGUUCGGCUGCCAGUCAAUCAGAAACCUUAAAGCUCACAUAUCCUCCUCCUCUUCUUCAGUUUUAAAUAAGUGUCAGAGCUCCUCAAAACAUGUGUGUGAAGUUUCUUGUUCUAAAUCCACUCUGAUCCUGUAUUUGAUCAUGUCUAUAAACCCCUCUAUUUCAGCCCUGCUCAGAACAGGCUGUUUCUGUGUCUGUACCUUUAAAUAUGUAAAUGAGCGGUGUCUGACCACGCCCCCUCUCUGGAAGGGCUUGGGUGUACUCGGUGCUUUCUGGCUCCAUGUCCUAUUGUUUACGGUGAGAAGGCAGACUCAGAGGGCAGAACAAACACCUAGCUGUGGGAGUGUCACCCACCUGGGGGAGGGGCUACUGCCCUUUGUGAUGUCAUGAAGGGAAAAUCUCCAAACGGCCUGUUUGAGCACACAUUUUCUGAAAAGUGGAGCAGGUAGAAGACGGAGAGGAUGGACUUUUCUCAUCAUUGGGGGGUUUGUAGACAGACUAGAGACACAUGUUAGAGUUAGAGGAACAUGGUGAAGUUAAUUUAGCAUAAUUUGUGGACUUUUUGGGAAAGUUAUGGGACUUGUUUUAUGUUCAGGGAACCAGCUGCGGCUCUACUAGCAGAAUUAAAACCAGAAUAUAUCACAAAGAAACCAAAUGUUUCUCAAACUUCAUUCAGCCUCAUUCAGGGUUGACAGGGACUUCUAUGAGAUAACACAAUGUAAAUUGACCUCAAAUCUAUGUCUAUAUUUUACAAUAUUAAAGUGGCAUUCUGAUUAUUGACAUUUGGUUUGAAGUGAAGAACAGCCUUUAGCUCACUCUCCACAUCAGAGUAAUGAGCCUCAUUUCAGUUAAGGUGUGCUAAAUGGAAGCGUGGCCUCGCUGAUCAAUGAUGAAUCGAAUGAGUCUAAUUCAGUCUAAUGAGUCUUUACGUUUGACUGUGACGGUAAUCAGAGGUUCAAUCCAUCCAGUGAGUCCGCCUGCUGAGGUUAUUCCAGGCCAACAACACACACACACACACACUUCUACACACACAAACACACACUGGACAGGGGUCUUGAUUGCACGUGACAGGAGCAGUCACCUCUUUGACCAAAUACCACGGCCUUUGCACAUUUUCACUGAUGCAAAUUAACCUUUGUCAGAGCGGACGCUCGUGGAUCUGCACUGAUGAUGCAAGGAGCAGCUGAGGUGCCCUUUUCCUCUUGUCUCUUAGCUCUUCAUCAACAGACUGCCCUGAGACACAGAAUCACAUUAGUCAGUAGAAGAGCAGCAUUCGGCUCCUGCUUUUCUUUUUUUUUUAGCACCUUGUCUCAUGAGAUCAAGCAUCAAACACUGGGCCUGGUGACAACCUCGAGGUUUCAUCCUGCAAUUUACUAAGACUGAGCGGAAGUCUUCAGUUUAGUCAGGAGACAAAAUGUAACCAUGAAGGUCAUUC